AAAUGAAAUUAAACAUCAUUCAUAUAACAAAAUCAAACUUAAGACCUUUGAGAAUUUAAUUCAAAAGCCAUCCAGAACCCCAGCAUCAGGGGAUCUUUGCCAUCCACAGUUCAUGCGAAUUGCAAAAGGACAAAACAGAAAGAAAAAAAAAACUCCACGACAGUUGGUAGCUUUCUUCUUCGAACGCAACGGAGUUUCCACUUUCAAAAUUCCGAACCCUCGUUUGUUCUUUCCGCACAUCAACACCGUUUCUGGGUCGUUCAAUCCCCGAAUUUUAUCAUGCAAUUCUCGUUUUUCAUCCAAUUCUCGUUAAUAGAGCGAAUACUGUUGUGACCCUUGAUGGGUUUUUCUCGUCGAUCAUAAAAAUUUCCGAAAGGUGUUUCCUUUUCACGUGUCUCUUCUUCACUUGUCGAUCCUGAGCUCCAGAGCUUGAACGCUGUGGAACUGUGUAGUUUGUUGCUUCUUUCUUUUGUUCUGUUGUGUCAAUUCAGCUGAAGCUAUAACUCGAUCACAUGAAAAUGAAGCCUUCUACCACAGAGGAACAUGACAUGGAAAAUGGCAAGUUGGUCAAAGACAAAGAAAGAACUCCAAGAAAUGGAAGGGUAGUCAAUGUCCCCAAUCAAGCCUUGUUGUCUGGACUUGCUUAUUGCUUUUCCUCCUGUGGCAUGAUAUUGGUUAACAAGUUUGUACUUUCCAGCUAUGAUUUUAAUGCUGGCAUAUCCUUGAUGUUGUACCAGAAUUUAAUUUCAGUUGCUAUUGUUUCCGUGUUGAGCCUUCUGGGUUUAGUUUCAACUGAGCCACUGACAUGGAGAUUGAUUAAGGUCUGGCUGCCUGUGAAUGUUAUAUUUGUUGGAAUGCUCAUUACAAGCAUGUUUAGUUUGAAAUACAUUAAUGUAGCCAUGGUGACAGUCCUGAAGAAUGUUACUAAUGUCAUAACUGCCCUUGGUGAAAUGUACUUGUUCAAGAAACACCACGAUGGCAGAGUCUGGGCAGCUCUGUUUCUAAUGAUCAUUUCAGCAAUAACUGGAGGGAUUACUGAUCUCUCUUUUAAUGCAGUUGGUUAUGCUUGGCAGACACUAAACUGUUUCUUAACUGCAUCAUAUUCUCUGACCCUCCGAAGGGUCAUGGAUACAGCAAAGCAAUUUACAAAAUCUGGAAAUUUGAAUGAGUUUUCGAUGGUCUUGUUGAACAACACCCUUUCUUUGCCUUUGGGAAUUUUCCUGAUUGUAGUUUUCAAUGAGGUGGAUUAUCUCUUAACAACGCCACUUCUAAGAUUGCCUAGCUUUUGGUUGGUGAUGACUUUUAGUGGAAUUUUGGGUUUAGCAAUCAGCUUCACAUCCAUGUGGUUUCUUCAUCAGACGGGAGCUACAACUUAUAGUCUUGUAGGUUCACUCAACAAGAUACCACUUUCUUUUGCUGGCAUCCUUCUCUUCAAAGUUCCUACUAGUUUGGAGAACUCUGCUAGCAUUUUCUUUGGUCUUCUGGCAGGAGUGUUUUUUGCAAGAGCCAAAAUCCGGGAGAGGUCUCAAUCUUGAAGAAUAGUAAAUUGCAUGCAUUAUAACUGAAGUUUGCACAAGAAGGAAUUCUUCCCAUCUAAGGAAUUUGAUUUCUGGAUUAAGUUGGACAUCCAGUCCAAGUCUGUUAGGUGCUGUCAAGAGAUGGCAUCAACUAAACUGACUCUCCCACCCUUUAUAUAUCCAAAUGGGGGGAUGGCUCAUUGUUUCUUCUCCAAGGGACAGUUUUGGUCCACGUCCAUUUUCAGGAAGGGGCUUCUUGGAUUGAUUGCAUUGGCUCACUCUGAGAGGAAAAAUUGCCGCUAAUUUUGUAUCAUGUGACUUAAUUAUUCCCAUGUAUCAUCACAUUAUGAUUUGUUUGAUAUGAAAAUUCUCAUUCAAAUGAAAAAAAAAAUAAAAAAAAAUGAAGAGUUGAUCUUGCACUUUGCGGCAAGGGUAAUUCUUUGUCUCCUUUUUCUCUG